AUGAGGUCAGUAAGAAUGGACAUGUCUAGAGAUGAAUGCAGAAAAUGUUUAAGAUGUUUAGAAUUGGAUGCUUACGGUAACAUGGUGUCGGUUUUGAGAGCACAAGGUUCAUUUACGGAGGAUAAAAAACGGCUGCUUGAAGAAUUGGCUAAGGUACUUCAUAUUUCUAAUGAAAGACAUCGGGCCGAAGUGAGACGAGCUGUUAAUGAUGAAAAAUUGUCUUACAUCGCAGAGCAAUUAAAUGGUCCAAACACGUGGACGGACUGGGCCAUUGAGGGAAGAAGGAUGAUACCAUUGUUGCCAAGAUUAAAAGCACACACGGCGUUUACUGAACUGGCGAAUAGUUUAUCUCUGGUGCUGGCAGCUGCUAAUGAAAAAAAAGCACCUGUUCAAAAAAACGAGUCGAUAGUCAAUACUAAUAUAAUAGUUAAUAAAACAGAAGAAUGUAAAGAAGUUAAAAAAGAUGACUUGCCUUUAGAAAAUUCAACGACAAAUUUACCUAAAACCCGAGGAAGAAAAAGAAAAAAACCUCUCAUUGAUCCUCCACCCAAUAAAAAAUUACAAAGUGAUGCCUGUGUUAAUGAUAAUAAUGUUAAUUGUUUAAGACAAUCACCGCCAUUGCCAGCUACUUCUAAGGUAAAAGUAACUGAAAACACACAGCCGCUAUUAACAAAAGAAUGCCUAGUAAAUUCCAGUCUAACAACGUGUACUGAUACUCCGGUGACGAGUAGCGAAGAGAAUAAUGCUAUUUCGAACUCGAGUAAUGUUAACGAGAUACCUCAAACUAAAACUGCCAUUGAUAAGUGUGAUGUAGAAUUAAAAGUAGACGAAUGUAUUAAUCAUGAUAAAUCGAACGACCCUCCGACCAUUGAUAAAACUGAACCUGUAGUUGAGAAACCUGAGACGUUAGCUAACUCGAAGGAUAGUUCUCCAAUAAAUUCUGUUGGUAAUGCUAAGCGAGUCGCUAAUGUUGUAGAAAAUACGGCUUCUUUAAGUGGUCCUGGUCCGCCACAGAUUAACUCUAAGGUUGCGUUUAAGAAACUGCCAAUUGAUAUGCUCAAUCAUCAAUCUAUUACAAAAGUGGGUAUUACUUUAAAUUCUAAUAAUACAAUUAAUAUAAGUGCAUUUCCUAAUGCAAGAUUAGGCUCCAAGACAAAUGUUAUUGUACAAAAAGGUUCUGCUCAAGAUGUUAAAAUAACUCGCGGUGGGAAGGCCUAAAAUUAAUUAAAAAAUUAGAAGUUAAUUAGAGAAAUAAUUAUAAUAAUAAAUACGUUGUUUUAAUUUAUAGGCAGCGAUAGGUAAAGUUAUAAUGGGAAGUGAGAAUCUUAGUCUAGCAGCUAAAACAGCAGCCGCGUUAUUACCACAUAGACUGGCUAGCAACGGUGAUAAAAAAUUAAAUAUAGUGCCAAUUAAACAUUCAUCACACAUAGACAUUAAAUCAAAUAGCAAGUUAGGUAGUAUGGUUGUGCUGGAUAUUCCCCAGGAUGUACCUGAAGAAAAAUCGAUAUCUAAUGCUCUUGAGAGUGAUCAAAAUCAUAAAAAUGAUACUCCUGACACACUUACCUCAGACAAGACUGUUUUAUUAACCAAUCAGGUUAAUAGUAGCCUAGACAAUCAUAGUGAAUUUGAUAGUCUUAAAAAUGUUACUGAGAAUAGUGAAAGUGUAGAGCCGUCAAAUAUUUUACAAGAUUCAUGUCAAGAAAUCGUUAUGAUUACGGAGGAAUUGGUUGAGACGCAAGUCCUCGAUGGUCAAACGGAAAUUUACAAUUUUGAGUCGACAGAAGACAGUGUCUGCGAAAUUCAAACUGAAGACAAUUCUGAGGUAGCUGAGAUAUUUAAUACGGUGCUUGAAUCGACGGAAGUAAUUGAAAGUUUUGACUUCACUGACAGUGAAGAACAUAAAUUAUUAAAAAUAAAUGACAAUGAAAUGUAA